AUGGUAGAGUGUACUAUUUGUUUUUUUUUUUGCUUUUCAUACUUCUUUGUUUCUUUUUUCAUUCUUUUUCUCUUUCUCACCUUUUCAUUUUCCAUCUCUUUUUUUUUUUUUUUGCUUUCGUCUCUUUCUCCUUUCGUCUCUCUCUUUCUCCUUUCGUCUCUCUCUUUCUCCUUUCGUCUCUCUCUUUCUCCUUUCGUCUCUCUCUUUCUCCUUUUCUCCUUUCGUCUCUCUCUCUCUCUUUCUCCUUUCUCUCUCUCUUUCUCCUUUUCUCUCUCUCUCUCUCUUUCUCCUUUCUCUCUCUCUCUCUCUCCUUUUCGUCUCUCUCUCUCUCUCUUUCUCCCUUUUCUCUCUCUCUCUUUCUCCUUUCGUCUCUCUCUCUUUCUCCUUUCGUCUCUCUCUCUUUUCUCCUUUCAUCUCUCUCUCUCUCCUUUCGUCUCUCUCUCUCUCUUUCUCCUUUCUUCUUUCUCUCUCUCUCUCUCUCUCUUUCUCCUUCGUCUCUCUCUCUCUCUCUUUCUCCUUUCGUCUCUCUCUCUCUUUCUCCUUUCGUCUCUCUCUCUCUCUCUUUCUCCUUUCGUCUCUCUCUCUCUCUUUCUCCUUUCGUCUCUCUCUCUCUCUUUCUCCUUUCGUCUCUCUCUCUCUCUUUCUCCUUUCGUCUCUCUCUCUCUCUUUUCUCCUUUCGUCUCUCUCUCUCUUUCUCCUUCGUCUCUGUCUCUCUCCUCUCCUUUCUCUCUCUCUCUCUCUCCUUUCAUCUCUCUCUCUCUCUCUCUCUCUCUGUCUCUCUCUCUCUCUUUCGUCUCUCUCUCUCUCUCUCUCUGCUUUCGUCUCUCUCUCUCUCCUUUCGUCUCUCUUUCUCUUUCGUCUCUCUUUCUCCUUCGUCUCUCUUUCUCCUUUCGUCUCUCUUUCUCCUUUCGUCUCUCUCUCUCUCUUUCUCCUUUCGUCUCUCUCUCUCUGCGCUUUCGUCUCUCUCUCUCUCUCUCUCUCUGCUCUUUCGUCUUUCUCUCUCUCUCUCUCCUUUCGUCUCUCUCUCUCUUUCGUCUCUGUCUCUCUCUCUUUCGUCUCUCUCUCUCUCUCUUUCGUCUCUCUCUCUCUCUCUUUCGUCUCUGUCUCUCUCUCUCUUUCGUCUCUGUCUCUCUCUCUCCUUUCUCUCUCUCUCUCCUCUUUCGUCUCUCUCUCUCUCUCUCUCUCUUUCUCUCUCUCUCUCUCUCUCUCUCUCUCGUCUCUCUCUCUCUCUCUCUCUGUCUUUCGUCUCUCUCUCUCUCUCUCUCCGCUUUCGUCUCUCUCUCUCUCUCUCUCCGCUUUCGUCUCUCUCUCUCUCUCUCUCCGCUUUCGUCUCUCUCUCUCCGCUUUCGUCUCUCUCUCUCUCUCUCUUUUUCUUUUACACAUCCUUUUUUUUCAACUUUUUAUUUCUCUUUCCUUCUUUUCUUUGUUUUUCUUUACUUCCUUUCUUUUUUUCUUGCCAAUAUUUUCCUUUCCUUCUUUUCUUUCGUUUUUGCUUCCUAUCUUUUUCCUUUUCUCUCUUUCUUUUCUUCUUCCUUCCCUUUAAUCGUCGUAUCUUCCUUUCUCCUUUUGAUUUUGUUCUUUCCUCAUUGUUUUUUUUCUAUUGCAAUUUCUCCCGCAUUUCUUUGCCUCCUCAUCCUCCUGCAUUUCUUUGCCUCCACGUCCUCCCGCAUUUCUUUGCCUCCACGUCCUCCCGCAUUUCUUUGCCUCCACGUCCUCCCGCAUUUCUUUGCCUCCACGUCCUCCCGCAUUUCUUUGCCUCCUCGUCCUCCCGCAUUUCUUUGCCUCCUCAUCCUCCCGCAUUUCUUUGCCUCCACGUCCUCCCGCAUUUCUUUGCCUCCACGUCCUCCCGCAUUUCUUUGCCUCCACGUCCUCCCGCAUUUCUUUGCCUCCACGUCCUCCCGCAUUUCGUUGCCUCCACGUCCUCCCGCAUUUCUUUGCCUCCCGUCCUCCCGCAUUUUUCUUUGCCUCCACGUCCUCCGCAUUUCUUUGCCUCCACGUCCUCCGCAUUUCUUUGCCUCCCGUCCUCCGCAUUUCUUUUUGCCUCUUCGUCCUCACGCAUUUCUUUGCCUCCUCGUCCUCCGCAUUUCUUUGCCUCCUCGUCCUCCCGCAUUUCUUUGCCUCCACGUCCUCCCGCAUUUCUUUGCCUCUUCGUCCUCACGCAUUUCUUUGCCUCCACGUCCUCCUGCAUUUCUUUGCCUCCACGUCCUCCCGCAUUUCUUUGCCGGCUUCUUUUUUUUUUUUUUUUUUUUGCUUCUUUUUUUUUUUUUCUCUUUGCUUGUUUUUUUUUUGUUUUUUUUUUUUAGUUGA